AUGGGAGGAGCAACAUCAAGAUUCGCAGAAACUGAUUGGGAGAGCGCUUCAGCAGGAGUCAAGGAAACCAUCGAUGGUUCCAUGCCAUCGGAAGACCUGUCCAUUCUGACGCUGAGAAAGAACAACUCUAUUGUCGAUCAGAGAAGUUUUGAAAUCCGAAAUGAUGUAGACGAACUUCUCUACGUGUCCAAACCCAUUGUUGGCAGUACAAAGUGGUUCGAUCUGUGCUCCGCUAGCGGUGAAAAGCUGUUCUGCGUCCACACUGACGCCCUUCAUGAAAAGUGGACAAUCUUCGCGUACAAGCCUGUAUGGGAAGACCAACAAGCAGAUGAGGGCAUAUCGGACAAGGAAAAAAUCUACCGCAGGGCUCGAAUUGACAUUGCCUAUGGAAAAUCCCACGGGGAAGUUUUCCCUUACAUUCAAGAUUGGGAGCACGACAGUGAUUUCAAAGGAGUAGCGUCGGACAAGAGCUUGCUCAAGGUAGAAGAAAUCAAGUCUAUGACGGCACAGUUUCAGUCAUAUAUCCCGCAAGCAGCAUUGCAUGAUAACGCGCUAGUUCAUCCAGCGCUCUGCGGUUGGUGGGUAUGGGAGAAUACUCGCAAUCGUCAUCAGAUGAAGAUGCACCUCGUCAAGGAUUCAGACAUUGCUCUUCACUGCAUAGUCGCUAUUACAACCAAUUUGGUUCAUGUCGAGAAGGAAUCAUUUGAAACUACGGCGCAAGUCCUCGGUCAGUAA